AUGGCUGCUCGAGUCGCCUUCUUCAUCGUUCCAAUGGCACUUCUGCUCAUGAAUAUCCAUGCCACAACUACAAAUCGUAUGCUCUCUCUCUCUCUCUCAAGUUGGACUCUCACAUUGUGUCUCGUAGAAAAUCGGACAAACAUAGGUGACUCCCCUGGGCCUGGUGAAGCUUUUCAGUUCAGUUACUCGGGCGCUACGGGUCCUAACAAAUGGGGAAACUUGAAUCCGAAGUUCACAGAAUGCUCACAUGGAAAACUGCAGUCUCCCAUAGACAUUGUGAAGAAGAAGGCUGUUCUUAAUAAGAAGCUAAAGCCUUUAACCAGAAGAUACUAUCCUGCAAAUGUUACUUUGGUUGACAAUGGCUUCAAUGUUCAGGUUUGUUCUUGCUCUUUCCUAAUAUCUUUUACUUUAUUUUUUAAUUAA